CCCGGCACCCAACCCAGCGGGUUGCUGCCCAUGCAGAGAGCACUCCAGGCAGAGGCAGAGAGGAGUUGCCCCAACCCUGCCAUGCCCCUAGGCUUCCCUCUGCCCUACCCCAGUCCUUGUAACACUCCGGGUCCAGCAGCUCCUGACUGCCCUCUGGGCACAGAGAAAAGGCCUCGCUGGUCCUGCCUUAGCCAGCCUGAGGUCCUGGAGAGGUGGGGACAUCCAGACAUACAGCCCGCCAACCAAAGAAACCCACUAUGGCCAACAAGUAACUGUCCAUGUGACCAAGUCACCAAAACUCUGGGGCACAUGGAAACAAGGGCUGUGGUCCCCACGUCCCAAAGGCAGUGGCAUGGUCCUCUGGUCCUGAGUCCAGGGCUAGGGGCUCUGGCAAGAGGUAAGUCCAGAAGCUCCUGCCCCAGCCCUCUACCAGGUCUGUCCACGGCCACUGCAGUGCACGAGGCUGAGAGACCACCAGCUGGGGCAGGGGCACGCGCUCCCCUCAGGGGCAGGUGGCACCUGCAGGCUUUAAAGCCCCGGGAGGCUGGGAAAGGUGGGCUGUCCUGCCAGGGAAGCUUCCGGGUACAAGGUGGGCUCGGGAUCCUGGAUGAGGACCCACUUGUGGACAGCAGGGCAUCCGACUACAGACACCGACACCUCCUCACCCAGCCUCUCGACUUGCUGGCCAGGCCUCCUGCCCAUCUACAAGAUGGAGCCAGAACCCACUGCCCAGCCUGCCUCUCUGGACCCAAAGGAACUCAGGGGCUCGUGACAGACGGCAGCCUCCCGGGGUGGUUUUCUGCCAGGCUCCCAUGCACGGGAAGCCGAAGCUGCGCCAUGCUGGGAACAUCCUCCCCUGGACAGGGUGCCUCGGGUUUCCGGCCUUUCCCCACAGGUGGAGGUCAGCGAACGCCAGGACAGGUUUUUUUCUCUGAAUGCUUCACAGCAAAUGCAUUUCUCUGCCACCAGGGUCCGCUCCUGUGUGGACACAGGCAGCAACGGGGGAGAGGUAGCCUGGGGAGCAUGGCCGGGAGGGCGAGGUGGGACCCUCUCCCUCGAGCACCUGGGUGUUCACGCGACCACCCUGACUUUACGUGCUUUCACCGUGACAGCCGUUGGGCAGGUGUGGCCUUGGCCACCAGCUCCCCCAAAUGUUCCAGUGUAUGCGCCAUCGACAAGGGGUGACCCCAAAGCCCGCGCUCCCUGCAUGCUUCUGCUGAAGUGAGCACGUGGAGCUCACGAGCGGCUUCGACACGAGGUGGCGGCCUCGGCGGCUCUCGGGUUCCUGGCAGGACGGGAAGGGCACUCCCUCACAGCCCCGGCAGCAGAGCUCGGGGUCCCACACAGAGGAGACAACAGAGUCCCUGCUGGGGUCGCCA